AUGGUAUUAAUAGCUGCAUUGGUCUGCAAAUCUGACCCUGAAAGAAAACAUUCUUUGAAGUGUGUCAUCCUUGAAUCUAAUCCUUUUCCUUCUGCCAAGUGUUUCAUCUACAUACCAUCUAAAACAUUGUGGCAUGCUUAUGACAAUAAAGAAGGGAAGAACCCAAAUGAUUAUUGCAUAUUUGAGGUUGGACUUCCUGAGGAUCUUGAAUCUUUGCACUCCUUGCUUUGGUGGCUGCAAUUUUUUGACCGUCUUUGUUCCAUGUUGGAUACAGUUCUUAGUGGAACAAAACAUGGACACUUUGAGGAGCAAUUCAUGGAGAGUAUGCAACCUCUUGGGAAUUCAAGGAAGCUCAAGUGCACAUCUUCAAGCUAUACAUUCCUUGAUCAUGAAGCUGGAGCUCUUGAAGAUGAUAGAAGGUCAACGGAAUUAAUUUGGUUGUUAGGCUUCCAAUAUUGCUAUUUAUUAAGAAGCAGAACAACUAUAUUAUUUGAGUUUUAUCACCAUAAACCCAAACCUGAGAAUUUCCUGUUAAGCUUUAGCAAUAUUCUUCAACAAUGUAUCAGGCUUCUUAUUCCAAAAAUUUGCAAGCAUGAUGUCUUUUUGAGUUUUAGAGGUGAAGAUACACGUAGAACCUUUGUGAGUCAUUUCUUUAAUGCUCUAAAACAAAGAGGAAUCCACGCUUUCAAAGACGAUGAGCGAUUGGAAACUGGAAAAUCAAUUUCUGGUGAACUUUUGAAAGCUAUAGAAGAGUCUAGAUUUGCUAUUGUGAUAUUUUCCAAAAAAUAUGCAUCCUCAAGAUGGUGCUUAGAGGAGCUUGCACACAUCAUAAAGUGCAAAAAUGAAUUGGAUCAGAUUGUGAUUCCAGUCUUCUAUGAUGUGAGUCCAUCAAAUGUGUCCCAUCAAAAUGCCCCUUUUGCUAAAUCCUUUUCCAAGCAUGAGAAAAAUUACAAAGAUGAUUUGGAGAAGGUUCAAAGAUGGAGGGAUGCAUUCUCGGAGGCACGGAAAAUAUCAGGGUAUCAUUUACAAAAUUUCAAGGAUGAGGCAUAUUGCAUCAAGAAGCUAGUUGAUGACAUAUUUCCUAAAUCGCUUCAAGUUAUUUCACCUUUUCCGGAAAGCUUAGUGGGUACGAAAUCUCUGGUUGAGAAAGUAACCUCAUUAUUAGAUAGGGAAUCAAACGAUGUUUGCUCUAUUGGGAUUUGGGGUAUGGGCGGCAUAGGCAAGACAUAAAUUGCAAGUGCUCUAUAAUCAAACAUACCGUCAUCGAUUUGAAGCCGAUUGUUUUCUUGGUGGUGUAGGAACAUUUUAUCAGAUCAAUGGACUAACAUGGCUAGCAGAAGUCUUCAUUUGCAAGCUCUUGGGUGAAAAGAUGACUCUAACUAGUGAACACGAAGGGCUGAUUACUUUAAAGAAUGUGCUUCACUGGAA